AUGGUGUCGGCUGGGCUACAGAUGCUGGGCACUGCCUUGGGGAUCAUAGGCUGGAUUGGGACCAUCAUUGUUUGUGCCAUGCCCAUGUGGAGGGUUACCGCCUUCAUCGGCAGUAACAUAGUCACCUCGCAGACCUCCUGGGAAGGUAUCUGGAUGAGCUGCGUGGUCCAGAGCACGGGCCAGAUGCAGUGUAAGGUCUACGACUCCAUGCUGGCCUUGAGCUCUGACCUACAGGCCGCCAGAGCUCUGACCAUCAUUGCCAUCCUCGCCGGCAUUAUUGCCAUUCUGCUGGCCGUAGCCGGGGGCAAGUGCACCAACUGUGUGGAUAACGAGGCGGCCAAGGCUAAAGUGGGUGUGGCAUCCGGGGUGGUGUUCAUCAUUGCCGGAGUUCUGUGCCUGAUCCCUGUCUGCUGGACGGCCCACAGCAUCAUCCAGGACUUCUACAACCCGCUCCUGGUAAGCGCUCAGAAGAGGGAGCUAGGGGGAGCGCUCUACGUGGGCUGGGGGGCCGCUGCCCUGCUGCUGAUUGGAGGGGGUUUGCUCUGCUGCAACUGCCCCAAGAAGGAUGAGGGUUCCUACACCGCCAGGUACAACAAGGCUCCUCGCUCCGAGACCUCAGCAACGACCACUGGAAAGGACUUUGUCUGA